AAACAACUUUGCCGCAGUAUAAAAGGCUGCUGUCCACUAGCCCAUUGUUUCACAUCUAUUUGGUUCAUGCUAGAAAUGCUGAAAUAUACCCUGAUCUUUGCUCUGGCGGUGGUGCUGGUUAGCUGCAGUGAGGACGAUCGUAAUGCGGAGCUGCUCAAGUCACAGAAUCUUCAGAACCUGGACGGAGCGGGACAGUUUCAGCACGAGAUUGAGACCAGCAAUGGCAUCUCAGUGAAGGCCAAAGGAAAUGUUAAUGGAAUACAGGGCGAAUACUUUCUGUUGGGGGAGGACGGAAAGCAAAUCCGCGUGACAUACACCGCCGAUGCCACCGGCUUUCAUCCCCAAAUCAACUGAUCAACAGAUCAAAUGAUGACCUUGACUAUAUAUUUACGAAAUUUCUGUUUGUUAUCAAGUGCAAUUAAACGUUGGCACCAUUUUGCUCCAUUUAA